AUGAACUUUGUCCAUUUCUGUCAGGUAAACAGAGGAUCUGAGACGUUCCGGCGAAGGGUGGAAGACAGGGGCGUGCUUAAGAAGAGGCAGCAACAGGUGAAUUACAUCGCUGGAGAUUACGCCAACCGGAAGCCUGGCCAUAUAAGGAUUGAGAGGAUGGGACACACUCUGCUCUGUAAACUGGAGUUCAUCUUAUUCAAUCUUCUGUAUAAACAGUACAGUGGUGUUUAUCAGUGCUGUGGUCACAGGAAGAGUUCAGAUUCUACAAAGUGCAGCAACAGAGUCUCUAUACACGUAUCAGACAGACCCAGAUCCAGACUGACAGCAGGAACAACAACUGUGUCAGUAGGAGACAGAGUGACACUGAGCUGCUCUGUGGAGAAAUCUGCUGGUUGGAAAUAUGAGUGGUUCAGAAGAACCUCACACACCUCUGAAUACAGAAUCAAUGAUGGAGAAAAUGGAAACAUCAGAGUCUCACAAGGAGGAAUCUACAGAUGCAGAGGAUUUAGAGGAGAACCAGCCGUCUACUCUGAUAAAAGUGAUGAAGUCACCAUUAACAUAACCUUUUCCAACAAAGUGAGUGUGACCCAAAAACCCAGCUGGUCUCAGAUGUUCAGAGGAGAGACGAUCACUCUGACAUGUGAGGUUCAGGGAGGUGAAGGAGUUCAGUGGGAGUAUGAAUGGAGAAGACCUCAGUCACAGACAUUCAGGACAAACAGGAAAGACUGGACAUUCACAGCUUCCAUCAGUGGAGACUACAGCUGUAAGAGCAGACCCACAGAUGAUUCCUAUUCUGGAACAAAGUGGAGUGAAGCUGUUAGAGUAUCUGUUUCAGACAAACCCAGAUCCAGACUGACAGCAGGAACAACAACUGUGUCAGUAGGAGACAGAGUGACACUGAGCUGCUCUGUGGAGAAAUCUGCUGGUUGGAAAUAUGAGUGGUUCAGAAGAACCUCACACACCUCUGAAUACAGAAUCAAUGAUGGAGAAAAUGGAAACAUCAGAGUCUCACAAGGAGGAAUCUACAGAUGUAGAGGAUCUAGAGGAGAACCAGCCGUCUACUCUGAUAAAAGUGAUGAAGUCACCAUUAACAUAACCUUUUCCAACAAAGUGAGUGUGACCCAAAAACCCAGCUGGUCUCAGAUGUUCAGAGGAGAGACGAUCACUCUGACAUGUGAGGUUCAGGGAGGUGAAGGAGUUCAGUGGGAGUAUGAAUGGAGAACACCUCAGUCACAGACAUUCAGGACAAACAGGAAAGACUGGACAUUCACAGCUUCCAUCAGUGGAGACUACAGCUGUAAGAGCAGACCCACAGAUGAUUCCUAUUCUGCUACAAAGUGGAGUGAAGCUGCCAGAGUAUCUGUUUCAGCUCACAAACCAAAGGCUGAAAUGAAGAUCACAGAGUUUCCAGCAGAGGGCAGAGUGAACCUGAGCUGUUCAGUCAAACCAUCAUCUGGUUGGAGUUUCUUCUGGUUCAGAGGAGAGAAACUCUCCAAACCACUGACCAUACAAGAAGCUGUUUUCCUUUCAAAUGGACAAAUCAGUGUCUCACAGGGAGGAGUUUACAGAUGCAGAGGAGGAAGAGGAGAACCAGUUUAUCACACAGAGUUCAGUGAUCCAAUCACUGUUGAUGAGCCGGUCCUGAGAGUGUCUCCACGGUGGUUGAGUCCUGGAUCCUCAGUGACUCUGAGCUGUGAGGUUGAACAUGUGUCUGCAGGAUGGAGCUUCUACUGGUAUAAAGCUGUUCCUGAUCUAUCACACAAGUCUGGCUCUUACAGCUAUGAGCUGCUGCCUGCUAGCUCCAAUGGGACUGCAGACAACUCCUACAUCAUUCAUGGACAGACACACACAGCAGGAUAUGUGUGCAGAGCUGGAAGAGGAGAGCCACACGUCUACACUCUUUACAGUCAACCUCACUUUGUCUGGUCUGGAGAUCUUCAUCCAUCAGCGUCUCUCUCAGUGAGUCCUGACAGAGUCCAACACUUCACCUCUGACUCGCUCUCACUGACCUGUGAGGGAAACUCUGCUGAGUGGAGAGUCGGCAGCUUUCUGCUUCCUGACUUGCUGUCAUUCUGUUCUGACUGGGGAACAAUGACUGGAUCAACAUGUCAUGUUCAGAAGAUCCAGUCCAGUAAUGCAGUGUUCUGGUGUGAGUCUGGAUCAGCUUUCAGCAACGCAGUCAACAUCACUGGACACAAUGAUGAUCUGAUCCUGCUGAGUCCUGUCCAUCCUGUGACUGAGGGACAUUCUGUUACUCUUGGCUGCAAGUGGAGGACAGAAAAUCUUCUUUCUAAAGUGUUUUUCUAUCAGAAUGACACAUUAAUCCAAAGUGAGAGCAGAGUGGAGAUGAUCAUCCCUGCAGUGUCAAAGUCACAUGAAGGCUUCUACAAGUGUCAGUCCUCAGGAAAAGAAUCUCCACAGAGCUGGUUGGCAGUAACAUCAUCCAGACCUGACAGCUCUUCACUUCAUGUUCUGAUGAUUGUUGGACCAGUUUGUGUUUUUUUACUGAUGAUUUUCCUGCUGAUGUUUUAUUUGUACAGAAAGUCAAAAGAUUCAAGCUCCAUCAGCAGGUCUGAUGAACAAAAUCAGAACUGUGAUCCAGAUGAGAUUGAUGCUGAACACAACACAUAUGCUUCUCUGCUCCACGGUCAGCCUGAAUUUGGACUUUUCACAACCAUUUAUUAGCUUUCUUUUCAAUCUAAUCAAAUGAAUCUAAUUUCCACUUUCUUCUGGUUUGUAUUUGA